AUGUGGUGCUUUCGGUUGGCCUUUGUCCUUAUCACGAUUGUCAUCGAGUUGCUGCUGCAUCCCUCACCGGUCGUGGGACAGUACACAGGACCAACGCUUGCCUGCGGUGGAACAUCACUCGUGAAAUCUACGACUCUGAUCGCACCGAACGACAUCUCCGCGAACGGAUUGACCUGCGUUUACACGAUCCGAUCGCUUAAUCUACGCGUCUGUCAGCUUCGAUUAGACUUCAACUCGUUCAGCUUGGCCCAACCGACGCUGGAUCCGUACCCGCGUUGCAUCAACGAUGUGCUGUCGAUCGAGAAUUUAAACUUCGAUUUAUGUGGCGAAAACACCGGCCAACAUGUGUACGUACCAUUCAACCCAACCAACGCCGAUCGAACGCUAACCAUUACGUUUCGCAUCGCGAAUCGCAAUCACAUCCCGAACCUACGCAACCCACACUGGAGCGUCCGUGUGCAGCAACUCGAAUGUCCUACGGGUGCUGCAGCCGCCUCGAAGGAUACCUUCCGUCAGGAGUCGGCUUUCGAUCAACCCGAGCUUUUACCGCUAGUGGCGCGUACGUUUCACAACGACAUCGGGAUGCUCGCUCCGACUGGGUGUUUGCAGUAUUUUCCCGACACCACCGGGACGGUAGAGUCCUUUAACCUUGGCACAGGUGAAGGACCUUACCUCGGUGGGUUGAGCUAUGCGGUUUGCUUUCAUCGGCCACGCACCGCACAAGCGUUACGUUUGCGACCGAGCGUUUUUGAGAUGGCGUACGUCCUGGAACCGGUGGCUGGAAAUGUGGCCGUUGAUGAGCUGUGUUACUCGAGCGUUGCGUCGAUGGAACGCUCCGAGGAUCAUCUGCUUGUGCCGAAUGCGAUGGCACGGUUGCCCUCGUUGCCGGUGCUGCGUUCGAGUCGGUUUUGUGGCCAUAGUCUCGUGAGUGGUGAAGUUGAAGUGACCGCACCGGGACCGUUCGUGAUGUACUUCAACAGUGACCAGCUGUUUGAUCCGUUCCGUCGUGAGACUGGAUUCCGCAUGCAGUAUCAGAUCCUGUGA